AAGUCUUUGUCUUUUUGGGGGAAAUGGGGGGCCCCUCAUCUUCCCACUCCUCAGGGCCCCAAGUGGUAGUGUCUGGCCACGCCCCCGCAGUGGGAGGUCCGCUUGAGUGGGUGGCCGCAGAUGGCCUAAAGCUGCCGCGGCUACAAUUGGCCCGGCUUUGCUCUCGUCACGCUCCCUCUGCGCCCGGAUCGGCUCCGUGUUUGGGUGCCCGCCCACCACUGCCAACCAUGGCGACUCAGCUCCGGCUCGGUUCUGCGCUGGCGCUGGUCACAGGUUGAGGGGGUGCUCCUUCAGGGCGGGCUGGGGUGCCGGACGCAGGUGCAGGGAGCGGCAUCGGCCGAGCCGUCAGCGUGCGCCUGGCCCGAGAGGGGGCCGCCGUGGCCGCUUGCGACCUGGACGCGGCAGCGGCACAGGAGACGGUGCGGCUGCUGGGCGGGCCAGGGAGCGAGAAGGGGGCGCCCCGCGGGGCCCACGCUGCCUUCCAGGCUGACGUGUCUGAGGCCGGGGCUGCCAGGCGCCUGCUGGAACAAGUGCAGGCCCGCUUUUCUCGCCCGCCAUCUGUCGUUGUGUCCUGUGCGGGCAUUACCAGAGAUGAGUUUCUGCUCCACAUGUCUGAGGAUAACUGGGACAAAGUCAUAGCUGUCAACCUCAAGGGCACCUUUCUUGUCACACAGGCUGCAGCCCAAGCCCUGGUGUCCAGUGGUUGUCAUGGCUCCAUCAUCAACAUCAGUAGCAUCCUAGGGAAGGUAGGGAAUAUCGGACAGACAAACUACUCAGCAUCCAAGGCUGGAGUGAUUGGGCUGACCCAAACUGUAGCCCGGGAGCUGGGAAGACAUGGGAUCCGCUGUAACUCUGUCCUUCCAGGGCUCAUUACAACACCCAUGACACAGAAAGUGCCACAGAAAGUGCUGGACAAGAUGACUGGAAUGAUCCCGAUGGGACAUUUGGGGAACCCUGAGGAUGUGGCAGAUGUGGUCGCAUUCUUGGCAUCUGAUGACAGUGGAUAUAUCACCGGGGCCUCAGUGGAAGUCACUGGAGGUCUUUUCAUGUAACUGCCUCAAGGACCCUGGACUCUGCUCACUCCCCCACCACUCUGCUGGGCCUCCUGCUGAUGAGGACUCUGAGUUCCCAGACUACAAAAGGGGUGGCAGAGUAUGGCUCAGGAAUGCUGAAUAUGGGAGGCAGGGGUGCUUGUGACCUUAAUAAAUUCCAAAUCCUCUUCCCUGCCA